AUGACUUGUGCAACUGACUCUGUGAAUUACUGGAGCUAUAAGUGGAGAAUUAGAACAACUAGGAAUGGGAAGUAUAUCAUUGAAGAUCACACUUCACUUAUAAACACAUUCACCAUUCAAGUAGCUUCAGUAACUGACCAGGGUGAAUACUUUUGUCAGGGAGAGAGUAAUGACAAAUCCACAUCCUCAGGAUGGAGUAAUCGUGUUACUCUGACUGUGAGAGAGAGUCCAAAGGCUGUUGUGAUCCUGCAGCCUGAUAAACAAACAUUCCGAGGAGAGACUGUCACUCUCAGAUGUCAAAUACAGGGAGAGAGAGACACUGACUGGGAAUACAGCUGGUAUAAGAAGAGUUCUUCACUCAGUCCUGUCAGUAAAGAUCAGGAAUACACAAUCAGUCCUGUUUCUGAGUCCCACAGUGGUGAAUACACCUGUAGAGGAAAAGACAGAAGAGACUCACAGAACUCAAAGAUGAGUGAUGCUGUAACCCUGACUGUGCCAUCAGGAUCAAAACCAAAACCUCAACUCACCUCCAGUCUUAAAGGAGCAGUACUGAGAGGAAACACAGUUACUCUGAGCUGUAAACUGGACCAGUCCACAGGAUGGGUGUUUUACUGGUACAGACACACACAGGACUCUUCAGCACUGACACAGACUGAUAAAGACUCCUACACAAUCAGUUCUGUUACAGACUCUGAUGGAGGACAGUACUGGUGCAGAGCUGGAAGAGGAAACCCAGUCUACUACACACAAUACAGUGAUGCAGUCUGGGUAAAUGUUACAGGGAAUCCAAAGGCUGUUGUGAUCCUGCAGCCUGAUAAACAGACAUUCAGAGGAGAGACUGUCACUCUCAGAUGUCAAAUACAGGGAGAGAGAGACACUGACUGGGAAUACAGCUGGUAUAAGAAGAGUUCUUCACUCAGUCCUGUCAGUAAAGAUCAGGAAUACAGAAUCAGUUCUGUUUAUUGGUCCCACAGUGGUGAAUACACCUGUAGAGGAAAAGACAGAGGAGACUCACAGAACUCAGAGAUGAGUGAUGCUGUAACACUGACUGUGUCAUCAGACAAAGCCCAAUCAGUUGUGAGUGUUUCUCCAAAGAUGUGGUUGACUGAAGGAGACUCAGUGACUCUGAGCUGUGAGGUUAAAGACUCCUCUACAGGCUGGACAUUCCUCUGGUACAGAGUCAUUCCCUACAGAGAUGGGUUACCCAGGGUUGAUUCUAACUCUGUAGAACUCCUCUCAGACAGCAGCAGAGGAGCUGGAGGCUCCUACACUCUCAGCCCUGCUGCUCUUAAACACACAGGAGUUUAUGUGUGCAGAGCACAGAGAGGAAACCCAGUCUAUUACUCAGAGUACAGCACAACACAGCCACUGUGGGUCACUGGUGAGACAACUCUGUCUCCUCCAGUCUCUCUGAUCAUCAGUCCCAACACAACUCAACAUUUUACAUCUGAUUCUCUCUCACUGAGCUGUGAGGUACAGAGUAACUCUACUGGAUGGACAGUGAGACGAUACACAGAUGAUGCAGAGGUGUCAGACUGUUCAUCAGACUGGGGAUCAGUAACAGGAUCUACAUGUAGCAUCAGCUCCCUCCAGUCAUCAGACAGUGGAGUGUACUGGUGUCAGUCUGACUCUGGAGGGAACAGUAAUCCUCUCAACAUAACAGUGACAUAUGGUGAUGUGAUCCUGGAGAGUCCUGUCCAUCCUGUUACUGAGGGAGAUACUUUGACUCUGCUCUGUAGAUAUCGAUAUGACCCCUCAGGCCUCAGAACUGAUUUCUAUAAAGAUGGAUUAAUCCUCCAGAAUCAGACUACAGGAGAGAUGACCAUCCCUACUGUCUCAAAGUCAGAUGAAGGUCUGUAUUGGUGUAAAUACCCAGAGAGAGGAGAGUCACCAAAGAGCUGGAUCACUGUCAGAGUGUCAGGUGGUGGAUCCUCUGCUGUAACAGUAGGAGUGGUGGUGGGACUGGGUGUUGCCUUUGUAAUCAUCGUUCUAAUGAUCCUGCUUCACUGGUCAAAAAAAACAGAAGAUGAUGAUGGAACUGGACCAAGUGAUGUGACUUAUUCUCAGAUUAAGUUGAAAAACAUCAAAAUCAGAAACAAAGCUGGGCCCAGUGAUUUGACUUAUGCCCAGAUUGCCAUAAUCCCAACUAAAAACAAGGAGAAGAGUAAAGGUGGAAGCAGAGCCAAAUCAGAGCAUGUGUACUCACAGCUGAAGCAGGGUAUGGAUGACAAAAACUUCAUUUAG